AUGGUUACGCUUGAAGAUAAACAACUUUGGGAAAAAGCUAACGAAGAAGGUUUGGAAGAACUUGGUCAAGAAAUUUUAAGAUCUAGUACUGAGGAUAUAAAUAAUCGUACACGUUUGCUUGACAACGAAAUCAAGAUCUUAAAAUCCGAACAUGCCCGUUUAACACACGAACAAAAUAGCAUGAAAGAAAAAAUAAAGGAUAAUGAAAAAAAAGUAAAAGUUAAUAUACAAUUACCAUGGCUUGUUAGUAAUGUUGUUGAGUUGCUUGAUAUGGAUCCAAGUGAUGAACCAGAAGAAGAUGGUGCAAAUAUCGAUCUUGAUGCACAUCGUAAAGGAAAAUGUGCUGUAAUCAAAACAUCUACGCGUCAAACUAUUUUCUUGCCUUUAAUUGGUCUUGUUGAUCCUGCCACUCUAAAACCAAGUGAUUUGAUUGGUGUAAAUAAAGAUAGUUAUUUAAUAUUUGAUAAAUUGCCAGCAGAAUAUGAUCCUCGUGUUAAAACUAUGGAAGUUGAUGAGAAACCAACUGAAGAUUAUAAUGAUGUUGGUGGACUUGAUAAACAAAUUGAAGAAUUGGUGGAAGCUGUAGUGUUACCAAUGACACAUGCAGAAAGAUUUAAAAAUUUGGGCAUAAAACCACCAAAAGGUGUUCUUUUGUAUGGUCCUCCUGGUACCGGUAAAACAUUGCUGGCAAGAGCCUGUGCUGCACAAACUAAUUCUACAUAUUUAAAAUUAGCUGGUCCACAACUAGUACAGGCACCUGCCAUAAUUUUUGUUGAUGAAUUGGAUGCUAUUGGAACAAAGAGAUUUGAUAGUGAGAAAAGUGGUGAUCGUGAAGUACAAAGAACCAUGUUAGAGUUUUUAAAUCAACUGGAUGGUUUUAGCAGUGAUGAAAGAAUUAAGGUUAUUGCUGCUACGAAUCGUGUUGAUAUUCUGGAUCCAGCUCUUUUACGUUCAGGUCGUCUUGAUCGUAAAAUAGAAUUCCCCUUACCAAAUGAAGAAGCUCGUGCUCGAAUUAUUCAAAUUCAUUCACGUAAAAUGAAUGUUAGUAAUGAUGUAAAUUUUGAUGAAUUGGCACGUUGUUGUGAUGAAUUUAAUGGUGCUCAGUGUAAAGCUCUGAGCGUCGAAGCUGGUAUGUUGGCUUUAAGAAGAGGUGCUACAGAAUUGAGCCACGAAGAUUUCAUGGAUGGUAUUCUAGAGGUUAUGGCUAAAAAGAAAACUUCUUUACAAUAUUAUGCAUAA